CUGAACACAGAGGAGUAUUUUCAUAAAGUUUUUUUUUUUGGAACGAGGGAACUGAACAAAUACAAAGUCUGUUAACACAACAAUUCACUGCUUUCCACGCCAAUCAGGCAGCAACAAUGGAAGAUCUGACCUUUACUAUUCAGAACCGUGAGCGAAUCAGGGCGGUGGCGAGCUCUUUUGGCCGCACUGGGAAGAUACUUUUAAAACCCGGGCGUAUUCUUGUGGGAGAGGGCUGCUUGUUGAAGCUGUGCAGGCGUGGACCCAAACCCAAAGUGUUCUUCCUCUUCAACGACAUCUUGGUCUAUGGUAGCGUCAUGGUGCCCGGUCGCUGGAACAAUAAGAAGAAGGUCGUUCCUUUGGAGGAGGUGCAGCAGGAAGAUCUGGAAGACGGAAUGGCCAUGGCCAACCAAUGGCUCAUCCGCAUGCCACACAAGUCUUUCUACGUGUCGGCAGCCUCGCCUGAGGAAAAAAUUGCAUGGAUGGGGCACAUUGAGAAGUGCAAGACCCUCCGCAUGCAAACUAAGGGCCUUCCCACUGACAAUGAUGCAGAGAAGUUUGCUACCACCUGGAUCCCUGACAAGGCUUCAGCCAUCUGCAUGCGCUGCACAAAGAACUUCAAUGUCACCACUCGGAGGCACCACUGCCGGAAAUGCGGCUAUAUAGUAUGUCGAGCUUGCUCGAAGAGCCGGGCCUUGCUACCAAACAUCUCCUCUAAGCCCGUGAGAGUUUGCCGGUACUGUGUGAGCAGCACACAAGAGGGAAAGGUGCAGGGACAGAAGAGAAAAAAGGUAAAGCACUGGAAGAAACACUCCGUAGAGGAAUCACCAAGGCUACCUGAGUUCGAGACGUCCAGCGAUGAGGAUCUCGAAGACGAGAACAGGUACCAGGUGCCCACCAAGUGGUUCAACAACCAGUUGGAAAAGGAGGAUUGCUCCCCAUACUGCUACAUAAAGCCCGGGCACAUGAAUCCUCCCCUCACUGGACUCUGAACGUGAUGUGAGCAACGACUAUUAUGAACUAUGCUAUGCACAGAGACGAAUACCAGCAGUUAUUAAGUAUUUUGCACUAAAGUAUGAGUCACUUCUACGAUUUCUGUUUUGCACUUCUAUUUAGUAUUUGUAUGUAUAUUUGAAUAUAUACUCUAUAGCAUAUGUAUAAAGCGAACUGUGACUUUUGCAAUCAAUAUAAUAAAAAAGCAUUAUUUAAUAAA